UCUCUCAAAGUCUAACUAACUGCUCAAAUAAGAAAAUGGUUCAUGUGUCAUCAUCUCAUGGAGCAAAAGAUGGCUCAGAAGAAGCCUUUGAUUACAGAGGAAAUCCACCGGAUAAGUCCAAAACCGGUGGAUGGUUAGGCGCCGGUUUAAUUUUAGGGAGUGAGCUAUCGGAGAGAAUAUGCGUGAUGGGCAUAUCAAUGAAUCUAGUGACGUACCUUGUCGGAGAUUUACACAUCUCAUCAGCUAAAUCAGCGACUAUAGUCACCAACUUCAUGGGAACUCUUAACCUCUUAGGACUUCUUGGUGGUUUCUUGGCUGACGCUAAACUCGGUCGCUACAAGAUGGUUGCAAUCUCAGCUUCUGUCACAGCUCUGGGAGUGUUGCUUUUGACGGUGGCUACAACCAUCUCGAGUAUGAGACCACCACCAUGUGAUGAUUUCAGGAGACUUCACCAUCAGUGCAUAGAAGCAAACGGACACCAGUUGGCUCUUCUCUAUGUGGCUCUCUAUACCAUAGCUCUAGGCGGAGGAGGAAUCAAAUCCAACGUCUCGGGUUUCGGGUCUGACCAGUUCGAUACUAGUGAUCCUAAGGAAGAGAAACAGAUGAUUUUCUUCUUCAACAGAUUCUAUUUCUCCAUCAGCGUUGGCUCUCUUUUCGCCGUGAUUGCUCUUGUUUACGUUCAGGACAACGUCGGGAGAGGCUGGGGUUACGGGAUCUCGGCCGCGACUAUGGUGGUUGCAGCCAUUGUUUUGCUUUGUGGAACCAAACGGUACCGUUUCAAGAAACCUAAAGGAAGCCCUUUUACAACAAUAUGGAGGGUUGGUUUCUUGGCUUGGAAGAAAAGAAAGGAGAGUUACCCUGCGCAUCCAAGUCUUUUGAACGGUUAUGACAACACCACGGUUCCACACACAGAGAGGCUUAAGUGUUUAGACAAAGCCGCGAUUCUCAAGAACGAGAGUUCUCCUAGUUCGAAGGACUUAGAAGAGAAGGAUCCGUGGAUCGUUUCGACUGUUACACAAGUCGAAGAAGUGAAACUCGUGAUGAAAUUGGUGCCGAUUUGGGCAACAAACAUUCUUUUCUGGACGAUUUACUCUCAAAUGACGACUUUCACGGUUGAACAAGCGACGUUUAUGGACCGAAAACUCGGAUCUUUCACUGUUCCUGCAGGCUCCUACUCUGCUUUUCUCAUACUCACAAUUCUCCUCUUCACUUCCCUUAACGAGAGAUUCGUUGUUCCUUUAACAAGAAGGCUCACAAAAAAGCCUCAAGGAAUCACCAGCCUCCAGAGAAUCGGAGUAGGGCUUGUAUUCUCAAUGGCUGCAAUGGCAAUAGCCUGCGUCGGUGCGGGUGAGGCCUUUGCUUACGUUGGACAGCUUGAGUUCUUCAUAAGAGAAGCACCAGAGAGAAUGAAAUCGAUGAGCACCGGAUUGUUUCUAAGCACGAUUUCGAUGGGAUUCUUUGUGAGUAGCUUGCUCGUUUCGCUUGUGGAUAGGGUGACAGACAAAAGCUGGCUUAGAAGCAACCUUAACAAAGCGAGAUUGAACUACUUCUACUGGUUACUUGUUGUCUUGGGAGCAUUAAAUUUCUUGAUUUUUCUUGUGUUUGCCAUGAAACAUCAGUAUAAAGCUGAUGUGAUUAGUGUUGUGAUUGAUGAUGAUGAUUCAGUGGAGAAGGAGGUGAAGAAGAAAGAGAGCUCUGAAUUUGAGCUUAAGGACAUUCCUUGAAUAAGAUUUUGAAGAAAGAAAAAAGCUCUGCUUUGUUAUUAUUGCUUUGAAGAUUUCAUUUUGUUUUUGUAUUUAGUAUAUUGUGUGUAUGAAAUAGAAAAAUUACUAUAUG